AUGGCAGCUGAUUUUGGAGACUUUGUGGGCAAGACCAUUUCCGACGGAUACAGCGAAGGAGAGACGACUUUGCCUUCGGAGCGCAGCGACGACGAGACCCCCCAGGCAACCUCCUGUUGUUGGGCCUCGCCGCGGCCUGAAGGGGGCGCCCCGGCACAGGGGAGGAGGCAUUCGGUUGUUGUCCGAAGCACUUUCCUGGACUUGGAGGAGGAGUUUCUACAGCAGCGCUACCGAACCCUGCGGCGCACACAGUCAGACCUUCCAUGGAAGGGCGCCUACGAUCCCCGGAGCUAUGAGCCAGGAGAGCUCAGCAGCUUAUGCGGGGCACAGGGCAGCAUCCCAGAUGCACGACUUACCACGUUGGCACAGUUUUCUUUGCACCAGACGAAAGGCUUGUGUGUAAUCUACGGCACCUGGGAAGACAUGGAGCAGCGCGGCGCGCACGCGGAGCCCACCGACAUCCUGCGCCUACUGAGGGUGAUGAACGAGGCCCGAUACGACGACUGCGAAGAUGACGACAAUGAAGAUUGUGAGGAAAUGGACAUGAACGCCGACGGGCCCAUCCACUCGGAUGCCGAUGGCAAGCACCGAGACUUACCACCACUCAAACCGCGAUACCCCGUGAGUAAGAUCCUCAGUCGCGGGAAUCUGCACCUCGACAACCCGACAACUCAGGUGGAAUCGGUUUCGUUCCACUGCCACCAGACAGGCAAGCGGCGCAGGGCCGUCUUGCCGGUCCCACCUCAAGCACAGAAACGGAGAAGAGGCAUUGAAGACCCCGAGAAGAUGGGCAUCCCGGUCUAUGCCUACUACGAAGACGAAGCCUGCAUCGAGCUGCGCCUGGACUGGAGUCUAACCCUGGCCGAGGCAAUGCAGACAGUCGAAGAUCCAGGCUGUGGAGAGAAGCGCUGGCGCACGACGUGCAUCUCGGUCGAACUCUCCACCAUGAGCUCUCUAACAUCGUCGGAAUCCGAGCGCCUGCGACCGAACGGCCUGGUGUAUCUCGCGGAAGCCAUGCAGACAGAGCAAGACGUGCGGCGCUGGAUCCGAGCCCUACGCCACUGGCAACAGCCGCGGGCCCUGCUGCGAGUGCACCUGGAGCACAACUUCCUCAACGAACACGACGCAGCCGAAGUCCUUCAGUCCGUCGGGGGCAGUGUCGCGGCGGUAUAUCUGCACCACAACGACAUACGGAGCUUACAAGCACUCGCGGAUUCCGACACCUUGCAAGAGCUGCACCUGAGCCACAACCGACUCUCCACGGCAGAAACAAGAGCCCUGCUUCUCCAGCCUGGCAGCACCAGAUCCAACGGCAUCGGCACCGAGGUCAGCAAAGUCUGUUCCUGGCUAAGACUGGAGUUCAACCACAUCGGCGUGGACGAACUGCUGAAACACCUGCCCGCAGACAUAAAAGGAUCCACGCCCUCCGGAGCGAAGAAUCCCAAAGAGGACUUGCAGAGGUGGGGUGGUAUCGUCGAUGGGAGUACACCGGCCGGUCAGCAUGCGCUGCGCCUCCUGGCCUACUUGAUGCUGAUAUCACGCUUUCCUCUGAGAGGGUCUGGCGCGAUUGGGUCUCUUCCCUAUCUCGUGAUCAUUGCCUUUUCCUCCGCAUCUUCCGUGGGGGUGCAGUGUCCUCUCCCGCGCGCCGGCAAAGCAUUCAUGGCGCUGAUACGUCUUGCCCUUAUUGCCGCGUGCCUUGGGCCUCUUUUGGGCAUUGGUGGGCCCAUUGUCCGCAAUUCCAGCCGAUGCGCUUGCGUCUCUCUCGCGAAUUUUCUCUGCCAGCAGGGUGGUUCGCGCGGCAACCGCGCUGCACUGCUAAAUCCGGGUGGGUCGUCGUCCGAGCUAGCCCUGAUCGGCAGCGCCGUGCUUGCAUGCAGGUUGCGGCCUGCCGGCUUGGCAUACACAUCAUUGCGCAUACCUGGGAAGGCAAUCCCCAGCUUGGCUCUGUUGCGGUGUCUCCGCUGUGCCUACUCGCUCCGGUGUUACUGCACUUCAAACACUUUGCUGCGCAACUUACCCAACAACUAUUCGCGCGACAUGCUCCUCGCGAUGUUAGACAAGCGUGGCUUUGCAGGCCGCUAUGACUUCGUAUACCUUCCCUUCGAUUUCCGUCGCGAUGCGAACCUUGGUUAUGCCUUCGUGAACAUGGUAGAUGCGGAGGCUGCUGACGCUCUCUGGAAGGGGCUGGAAGGCUUUACGGCUUGGGCGCUGACGUCGCACAAAGUGUGCAGCGUGACCUGGAGUGGCCCUCUCCAGGGGCAAUCUGCGCAUAUCGAGCGCUACAGGAAUAGCCCAGUCAUGCACAGCAGCGUACCUGACCAGUACAAGCCCGUAAUCCUUGAGGCCGGCGUCCGCAAGCCAUUUCCGAAGGCGACGAAAAAGAUCAAGAUGCCAACUAUGGUGUCGUUUUAA